AUGAAAUCGUCGAAUAUGUUCAAUCGGCGAGAAAUGUGUGAUAGCAUAGAUUUCAAUGACCAGGUCAAAAUAGAAGAAUUAUCGUUGUCGUUCAAAUCACUACCGCCAUCGGAGCACACAAUGUCGCCAAUGGAUUUAUGCACUUUUGAUGAUUUUGCGACAACUUUAAUAGUCGACUCGGUUUUGGAAUUCACUACACAUAAAAUGUUUGCAAGAAAGCGAUACGUGAAGCAGGACGAGCGAAGUGCAGCACGUGCCAUAAUGCGAAACUUCCGCGACGAUCAUGAUUUUUCGCGUGCGAUCGCCGCCGUCUUGAAACUUCGCAGUAUAACUGCAUUCCUUGCACAACACACAUUUGUGAAACAAAUCGAGUUUCGAGACCAUAUUGUCCGCUUUUUGAAUAUGUUCUGCGACGAGUUGUCGGGAUUCACAAUUCGACGAUGUGAUCGAUAUUCGGCUGAGAAUAACAUUGGCGCCAAACUAGUCGCAACGAAACAUUGGUGUCGCGGCGACAAAAUUGAGAGAUUGUGUGGUGUGAUAUGCGCAAUGAAUAAUGACGAGGAAAAUGAGAUUCUUGUCGCUGGCGUUAAUGAUUUCUCCGUGAUGUUCAGUACAAGAAAGCGUUGUGCUCAAUUAUGGCUUGGACCUGGCGCUUAUAUAAACCAUGAUUGCAAACCAACCUGCGAGUUUGUUUCACACAAUUCGACCGCUCAUAUAAGGGUUCUUCGGGAUAUGAAGCCUGGCGAUGAGAUAACUUGCUAUUAUGGAGAUGAGUUUUUUGGCGACAAAAAUGAGCGAUGCGAAUGUGCCACUUGCGAACGAACAUUUCGCGGUGUGUUCACUUCAUUGCGAGAUGAGCAGGCUCCCGAGCAGCGUUGCGGAAAAUAUACGCUGAGAGAGAGGAGCUAA